AUGUUUCCACUUAUUCUCCAUUAUAUACAAACAUUAGAAGCUGGAGUUCAGCUAGAUUUGGAUUUUUGCAAGUCAAGAGCGCGGGAUAUGUGGAGAGAAAUGUUUGAGAUAAAAACUAACGGACGUUCAGAAGCUGCUUCUCGACUUGCUAAUCUUGUAAUGCAUCGACGACAGAUUGAAAAACGAGAUACUAUUGCUGAGUUUUGGGCUCGUCGUUUGCAUGAUAUGCAGUUUAGAGACGAUCCUGUAGAUUCUUCUGGACCGAUUGGUGUUGGUUCUAGUAAUGUUAGAAGGGCGGUAAAUGGAGGAAAUGAAAGUCAAAUAAAGGCAACAACGGAUAACAAUGUACAGUCAACGACGGUUGAAAGUUUUAAAAAAUUGGAAGAUGGUUAUGAACAACAACCAGCGGAAGAAAAACCAAGGCAUAAACCACUUUCAAUGGCUAGAGAUCACUCUCAAACUUAUGCUCAAAAUGAUUAUAGUCGUGGAUCGCCUAAAGACGAAUUUGUUGAAACACCUUCAACUGGAUGCUGUACUUGUCAACGUGGACCCCCUGGAAGGCCUGGUCCUCCAGGUAGAGAUGGUCUAAGAGGAUUAGAUGGAGAACCCGGACAGAUUGGCCCUCCAGGUCCUCCGGCGCCACCUGGGCCUGAUCAAUCUCAGCUCUUUCCUCCACAAUGUCCUUGUGAGGCUCCACCGGGAGAGCCCGGGCCAAAAGGACCGCCUGGAGCUGAUGGACCGGCAGGACCUCCGGGAGAGCCAGGCGAAGAUGGAAAACCGGGUGAUCAAGGACCGCGAGGUCCGCCUGGACUUGCGGGACAACCUGGCCAGCCAGGAAGGCCUGGUCCACCUGGAGAGCCUGGGCAAUAUCGAACAGAGAUCGGACCUCCUGGCCGUCUCGGUGCCAAUGGUCGGCCUGGUCCUCCUGGACCUCCAGGCGCCCCAGGCAAACCAGGAAAUGAUGGAUUACCUGGAAAACCCAUUGGUUCAAAUGGACGCCCCGGAGCACCUGGAGCCCCUGGUUCAUGUGACCAUUGUCCUCCAGCGAGAUUGGCCCCGGGAUAUUAA